UCCCUCGUCUGCGUGAUCUUCAUCACAGCACCGCCCUACUCAUCCAUACAUACACGACAUCUAUAUAUAUUUAUAUAGUAUAUCUCUGCAUAUCGAUCUCUAUUUAUUGAAUCCAAAUUUCUUUUUCUCAUUCCCUCAGUUUCAUCUGUAAUCUCUUAAAUUAUGGGCUACGAAAACGACCCGUAUAGAGAUGAAGAUGGAGAGCCAUUGAUGGAUUACGACGAUGAUGUCAACUCCGAUCAUGAACAGGACCAGCAGCAGCAUCAUCAUCUCCUCGACGAUGAUGAGGAGAACGAUGACGGUUGGAACCGCAGGGAGCGGUCGCCGCCUACUCCGGUCCACGAUGAGUACAAAUCAAAGCCACGAAAGCGGCUGAUUAAGAAGUCGUCUGCGAGUGAGCCAGUGGCGGAUUUUCGGCUGAGGGACGAUGAUGCGGGUGAUUUUGGGGUUGGAGAGGAGGAUGACGUAGCGGGUUUGGUGAGGGAUGAGUCGGAGGACGGAGGGGGGCCGUCGUCGUCUUCUGGAGGUGGAGGUGGUGGGAAGAGGAAGAGGUUGGGAAAGGAGAGUGGUGGUGGAGAGAGGAAGAAGAAGAAGAGGAGAGAAGGGAAAGGAAAGAAGUUUAAGGUGAGAAAAGCAGGGCAUUCUGGAGGAGGGAGGUCGAGGGAUUAUGAAGAUGAGGAGGGGAUGUGGAAAACGGUUGCUGGAGAGAAUUCUGAGGAUGACCGAGAAGGUGUUAGGACGCUGGAUGAUGAUAACUUCAUAGACGACGCUGGUGUGGAUCCCGCUGACCGAUAUGGAAGUGACCGUGAACAUUCUCCUAGCAAUGCGCCCCAGGCAGAAGAAGGAGAGGAGGAUGAGGAAAUCAAGCAGCUCUUUAAAAAGGGCAAGAAAAAGAAGAAAAAUGAAAAAAGUGCUUCAGAGAUUGCAUAUCUGGUCGAGAGUGUCAUGGCUGAACUUGAAGUUGUUGCUGAAGCUGAUGCAGACCUAAAUAGACAGAAUCAGCCUGCGAUAAUUAAACUGAAGAAGCUGCCUCUUCUUACAGAGGUGCUUUCAAAGAAGCAGUUGCAACAAGAAUUUUUAGAUCAUGGAGUUUUGAAUAUAUUGAAAAACUGGCUUGAGCCCCUUCCUGAUGGAAGCUUACCCAAUAUUAACAUCCGUGCAGCAAUUCUGAAGAUUCUUACUGAUUUGCCAAUUGAUUUAGAGCAGCACGAUAGAAGAGAGCAAUUAAAGGGAAGUGGUCUUGGAAAGGUUGUUAUGUUUCUAUCAAAAUCGGAUGAAGAGACUACUGCCAACCGGAAACUUGCAAAGGACUUGAUUGAUAAAUGGAGUCGACCCAUAUUCAAUAAGAGCACAAGGUUUGAAGACAUGCGAAACUUUGAAGAUGAGAGGGCUGCAUUUAGGAGGCCAUCUGUUAAAAAGCCAAUGAGCAAAGGUGCAGGAAUGGAAUCCAGAGAUGACGAUCUUGAUUUAGCUGGCUACUCACAGGGAUCAAAAUCUGGCCAGUCAUCUUCUAGACAACAUGCCUCUAGACCUGAAGCCAUGUCUAUGGAUUUUGUGGUACGACCCCAAUCCAAGGUUGAUCCUGAAGAAGUUAGGGCCCGGGCUAAACAAAUUGUUCAAGAUCAGCGUCGUCUGAAGAUGAAUAAGAAGUUGCAGCAGUUGAAAGCUCCGAAGAAAAAGCAGCUGCAAGCUACAAAACUCAGCGUGGAGGGUCGUGGGAUGGUUAAAUACUUGUAAUUGCGGUGCUUAUUUGUUUAUUGGGUUGGCUGAAAAAUGUGAUGCCUCUCCUCUGUGUUAACUUGCGCGCUUAUUGCAUGAAGUGGAAACAUCAACACGUAGUUGUGGUCCCUUGGCCAGUCAUACUGGUGUAACUUUCUUGAGCGACUAAUGGACGGUUUCUUCAUUCUGCAGUCAUGUUGGAGAUUUCUUCAGACGGACAUAACAGGCUUAAGUACCGGUUUGUGCAGAUUCUGAAGUGUAUUCGAAUAUCAUUUCUGGUUUUCUUAUAUAUAUGACCUUCAUGGUUAUUUCUUAAGCACCUGUCGACUAGCUGUGGCUCAUUGAUACUUUUUCAUUUUUUCCAAAAGCGGCAGAUGUGGCUCAUUGAUACUUGAUAAAUGCAAAGCUGUAACUAAAUAGUGUAUUGUCCAUGGAACCAAGAAUUCAGAAAACAGUUUUCCAUUGCAAUGAAUCAUGAAAUGAUUCUGUGCA